GCCCCGCAGAAAUAAAGGAAAACCCGUAGGCGGUGCCCUGCCAUCGCCUAAAACAUCCACCGAUUAAGAAAGAUCAACAAUCCUGAAUGGCAGCCUCAGAAACCAUGGACGAUAGCUUCAGAGCCCGAGUGGAGAAGAUUUUCGGAUCGUUGACUUCAUCUUCCUUGCAGCAACCCUCGUCUCUUCAAUCUACUCUUUGGUCUCUCACUGACGAUGAGGUCGAGAGAAGAGAAUGGAGGAGAGAAGACGCCGUAACACAUGACAGGGAUGAAAUACCGUGCUCUUCUGCUUUUGAUGAGUUGAAAAGAGAUCGGUGGAGGGCUUUUCGUAGAGAGCUCCAAUGUGAUCUCAAUGAUGAUGAUGAUGAUGAUGAUGAUCAUGAUGAGUCUAAUACGUUGAGUAGCAGAGGAGUGGGCACGUAUGGUGUGGAUGAAUGGGAUAUCAGAUCCUCCAUUGGCUUGGACCGUACUCUCGAUAAUGAGGAAGAGGAAGAUGAAUAUGAUAAAGUGGCUUCAGGAAGAGAAAAUGCUGGGGAGCGUCUUUAUAUGAAGAAUGUUGGUAAUCAAGAGUCUUAUUUGAACAUUCAUAAUGUACUUCCCAAGUCAUUACAUGGCACAAAAGACCCACGUGCUAAUCACAUGGCAGCAAAAAUUAGGCUGAGAGAAGAUGAAGCUGAAGCUCAAAAAUUGAAUUCUCACCAUGGUUGUGAUGCAGAAGUUAGAGAGCUCCAUCGGAAACCAUCUAAUGAAAGUGGCAGUCAAUUGAGAUCUAUAUUAAAAAGGAAAGACAACAAAUCAGAUUCCAAGUGGCAUAAACGUGUCAGGUUUGACCCUGGCUGUAAAACUGUAUGCAAGAAAGAAGCAUCCCAAAAAAUUCAAGCCAUUUCUGUGGGCAGUUCUUCACUGAACUGUAUGAUUUCAGACGAUGAACGCAUGUCAAGCCAGAACAGAUAUGGCAUUCCAGAUUAUUUACAGAAUCCAUUUAAAUAUACCAAUUACAGUUUUAAUUCAUCUAGUGAAGUUGAAGAGAAAUCCAGUACCCAGGCUUGCAUGGAUUUUGUUAAGUUGGUCAAAGAUCUAAAAUCCACAGGAUCAGGAUCAGAGUUGAAGGAUGCCUCAGCUGACCUUCCAAUUCCGAAGUCGGUGACUUUUGUUCCCAAGAAAAAGGCAGGUGAACUUAAAGCAGGUAAUUACAGCUGCAAGGUUAAGCAAGAUGAGGAAGAGGAUGGUAAUCAAUCCUUGCGGAAUACAAUCUUACCUGUUGGCAUUGCAGCUGGGGAAUCACAAGAGUCUGAAGCUGGUGUAGUGGAGGAAGAUGAAAGAGAAAGAAAUGACAUAAUCAAAAGUGAUGGUUCCCAAAAGGCUAGUCGCAAGUAUCGAACAAGGUCAGGCACAGAUGAAUCUGAUCCUUGACUCCCUGUGAAGUUCCUGUGAUUCUAAUCAUUAGACUUCUCUACUAAAAUCUCAUAAUAUUUUGUAAUUGCUGUGAUUGAAGCCUUCAGUAGUUUUUUCUCUUUUUGCCCUUAGAACAUGGUUGUGUGCAAAAUAGAAGCAUGCCUUCUCAUUUGGUUUAAUGCAUUUUAUGAAUGAUGAUGAAAUUCAGGUUUGAUAAUGCAGAA